GAUCUCUGGCCCAGCCCCCUGUCCCCAGCGCGUCCCCACCUCGACUUCAGGGGACCACCGACAUGGGGCUACUGGCUAUCUCCAGUUUCAGGGAUAUGCCCGCUUCCCUUUUCGUUUCCAGCGUCUUGCUCUUGGUCUGCCUCCUGGUGUGGCUGCCCUCUCACACGCUUCUCACACUCACACGCACACACACGCACCGUAGUCCCAGGAGACCGGCCAACUCAUUAAAACAUCCUCUUUCCCAUAUCUCGGAACAUUCUGCUUCCAAGGACCCCUUCAUAUCCUUCCCAAAUCCAACCACAAGCUAACAGACCCCACAAAGGUGGCAUACAAGAACAUCUGCUUGCCCAGUUCAGCCAGCUCACCCAGAUCAUCCACACGACGUAGCAGCCGCUGGACACAGGCCUGCUUUUUACCGAAAAGACAUUGUCUCUCAUAUACUCCCUUGUCCGCACCACAGAUUACCCUGUCGGCCCUGGCCCCUCCCCAGAAAGAAACAAACCUCACCGUCUUCUCCACCGACAUGUCCCAGGUGGAGCACGACUAUCCACCCAGGGAGGUGCACCGGCCCAAUACUGAUCGCCACGCCGCCGACCAUUCAUAUAUCCAAGCCCUCCCCAGCGCGGCCGCCGGCCGAGUCCAUAUCUACACUGCCAGCAGCAGUCCUUCCCACAGCCGCACCUCUUCCGAUUCCAUUCACUCAAACACAUACGCCGCAAUGGAGGACUCAGUCAUGAUACAAUCAAAACCCAGCCAGCACCCUGGCCAGCAGCCAGAGGAGCAAGCCCCUGUCCUCCCCCAGAAGAGCGCCCUCCGAACGUCGCGCCUCCUCGACAACCUGGUCGGCCUCAAGUUGACCAUGCCAGACCCGCCAAGCUUCACACAGACGCCCCACGACGAGUACAUGUCCUCGGAGGAGGACGCCUCCUCAACCGCUGGUGACUUCUCAGACUUCGAGUACGACUCAAGUAGCGACGAUGUCUGCCCCUCGCCUGCGAAAGAUAGGAGGAGCCACGAGGUCACCGCAAGGGUCGUGUCAGUCAUAUUCUCGGGGAAGCCGUCCGUCGUCGACGUACCACAAAACCGUCGCUCGAUCUCGCCCACCUCGUUCGAGAGGCGGCAGACCAUCAUGGACCUCGCCGCACAGUCGCUCGCCCAGGACGAUGCCGAGGUCAAGAGGCGGCGGAUGUCUGUCACGAGCACGUCGUCCGACUCUGUCUCUACCAAGCCCACCCGAACAGCCCACCCUCCCCGGAGCAGCAGCAUGCAGCCCCGGCCCACCACCAACACAUUCAGCAAGACAAAACCGGCCUUCCUGCAGAUCGACCCCUACGCCAAUGGCAGCGUGUACUCGCUAGACGUGCUCCAGGAGCCCAAGGAGGCAGAGCAGGAGGAUGAGCGCCCCAGGACCCCAAAGACCCCCACCAAGAUGUUCAAGGGUGUGGCCAGGACGCUCAGCCUGAUGAAGCGGCGAAGCACACCAAGAAUGAACCAGGCCUUCCUGUCAUCAUCGUCCACGGAGAACGUUUCCACGGCGACCUCACCCGCGAAGCGCAGCAUCCUGGGUGAGCCGCUGUGCGAGGCGCCGCAGGAGAUGAGCCAGGAGGCGGCCGACGGCGCUUCCGAGUUCGCCGUGCCGCCACCACCGCAGAGGCCCCCACCGCAGCCCCAAUCGGCGGCGGUCACGUACGAAGAGAUCGUCCGCGUCGCCAAGAGGAACGAGAGGCUGGAGAGGAACAACGAGAAGCUGCUCUCUGUCGCACGGACGCCGACCUCAGACCUUGCUGAGUCGCCCAUCUCGCCCAUGUCUCCUUUGUCCGCCACCAGCACCAGCACCGCCGCCACCACAGGCAAGAGAAUGUCAAGUUUCAACGCCGCACGGAGGAGAAUGAGCAUCAAGCUCACUGGAAAAUUGCAAUUAUAACGCCCCGCCGUGGCCGAUAAUCUUACGUCGCAUGGUCUUUUCAGCUUUGCUUUGUCAUACUUUCCGGCGUUACGAGCACAACAAAGGCUCCUGGGUUUAGCGUUCUGAGAUUUGGGAGGGAUUCUUCUUUGUCUUUUUUUUUCUUGAUCGAAACAAGACCACAUGCAUUGGCAUUACGGCGUCGGACAUCCAUUCAUUAUGUCCUCAUCAACAAAACAAGCAGUCAUUUUGGUCUGCCAGCGGGAGACAGGCGACAUGUCGCCUCGGAAGGGG